UUUAUUUAAUUUAAAUGUAUUUAGCAGAUGAGAUAUAAACAGAGAUAUUAUGUCCAACACUACAAUAGACGCGACGGAUGCCUGCGCCAAACUUCCUGCAGAGUCACAAACCGCAGCAACUUAGGGUAGAUUGCUGCGAUUCAUCUCCAAAUUAGCCUUCCAACGCCGAAUCGACCUGCUUUUGUGUCGAACCCAUUAAACCCGCCGCUAACCCCAAACCAUCUAUUGAUAUUAUAAUCCAAUUUCGCCUCAAAAUAUCCAAAUCAAGGUUCUGAGAAACCCGCGCGCUAAAGGAGACUGCAGAGCGCGCGAAAGUCUUCCCUGCUCUACCGUGCCCCAAUCUAUGACGGUGGAGUCUCGUGGCUAUCGAUCCAUCCUUCUCCCUCUUGCUGUCGAUCCUUUCCAGAAUCAGAUCCGUAGCUCAGACUCUUCAUCGCGCGAACACAUAAGGGGCAGAGGCACGAAGCACAUCUCCCCACGCCCAUCAUUGCCGCCGUUCUCCUCCGGACACCACUAACAACUGCAUUGCGCUUCCCGUUGCCGGUGGAUCCAUCGUCAACCAGUUUCGUGGUUUACAAUAAAGAUUCUGAAGGAAUAGUCAAGCAAGCUAAAAUGAGUGUGAGGGAGGCUAUGGAGCGGUCUCUUAAUGGUAGCAAGAUCAUACUGAGGUUCAAUGAGAAACGGCAAGCAGUCGGAGAUGGAGCUGGCUUGUUGAGUGGCAUUUUAGGAGUGCUGGGUUCUGAUUACAGCAAAUUUUCUAUCUGUGAAAAGAGUUGGAAAAAAGUGCGGGGCAAAGACAGGGUUUAUGAUGAUUGCAUAAAGGAGAUGUUCCACUUUCAGGAUAGCAGUGGUAGAAUCAAGAAAACACUUUUGCAACAAAUAGAGAGGUCCUGGAAGGACACAAAGGGGAAGCUGUAUAACUCGCAUUACAAACCAACAAGGACACUUGAGCAUAAUUUUGAGAAGCGUCCGGAGGAAAUUCCUAGAGAGUAUUAGAGGUGGUUCAUUAAUUAUCGU